CGGAUUCGUAGGGCAACCAGAUUCCCAAGCUAGAUCACACACACACGCACGCACACACACACACACAUACACUCAUACAAAGAGAGAGUAAGAGAGUAAGGAUUCGGUUAGAUGGCGCUGGACAAUGCCAGACUGGUGUCGCUCGCGAAGGCGUCACAGCUGGCCCGAGCAGUCGGCAGCGAAAGCAGCGGCAGCGAAAGCGAAGACAUAGAAUUUCCGUCCAAAUCGAAACCAAAUGAUAUUUGCGCCAAGGAGCAGCAGCAGGAACAUGAGCGGCAGCGAGGGCAGCCGCUGGAGUACAAAUAUAGUCCACUUAGUGGCGACUCUGAUGUGGACAGCGAUGUGGGCGAAUCGAUGAGCGAUGAGUCCAUUGCGCUGCUCGCGCACGAGAUGCUCUGCUGCGAGCACGAGUCGGAUACGGACAGCGGGGAGGAUGACCAGGGGGAGGAGGAGGAGGAGGAGGAGGAGGAUAAGGAUUGGAUUGGAGAUGGGCUUGAAGAGCAUCACGAACAAACUCUAGAGAGCCGAGCUUAA